CUUGUAGUCUGAACGUAGCCAUAUAGUAGCCUACUUAGGGGCUACUUUUUUCUAUGUAAACACGCUAGUCGGUCAUGCAAAACCAUUGUGUUUGUCUUUUGCAGCGUCUCGCGCAUGACAUGGCGUUCUAAAAACGCGGUGCUCAAGUUAAGAUCAGUUUUAAAAAACGCGUAUCGAGCCCUUAGACUAACUAGUUAACUAGACUAACUGGUUAAUUAGUAAAUUACAGUGGUUUGAAUAGUUGUUGAAUAUAAGAUGUUUUGAAGGACAAAGAAUGCAUUGCACAGUGAUAUUUUCAGUACUAGCGCUAGUUACACAACAAUGAAUACUAGUUCGUUUUAAGGAGGACUACAUGUUAAAACGGCUUGCCAUACACCGUGUUUGUCCACCCCGAGAACAUGUUGCGUUUUUGUUCUCGUAGAAACACAUUUUAGAUUGAGCUCUGUCCUGUGAAUGAAAGACCCUCCCUUGUUGCUGCGACGCCUGUUUCUUCCAACACCGUCAUCUCAAGCGAUCUGCUUCAAUGGGAGCACCAUCGAUUCUGCAUACCUUUUUGAAGGCCACUAGAAUUGCUGGAGGCAAGAUCUGAUGCUGGUGCCUUGUCCGUUUGUUCUCAAAGAAAACGAACGUGUGGCGUUUUUUUUCCAGGGGAAGCUGUAACACAAUAGGGACACUGGAGUUAUGAUGAAGGCUCGACGGAUGACUGGCGCUGUCCGUUCAGCACCAGCUCACGCUCAAUGACACCAUAAAAAAACCUGCAUGACACCCUCAAACCCGAGCCGGGGGUCAGGAUAUUGGGUCAUUUGAAGGAAAACGCGUCCUUAGAAGUCAUUCAAGUGCAUGAAAAGGGGUUUUGGAUUUCCAUUGUUGAUCUGACGGUGGCAUGGACACUUUGAGGCGCACCUGGCACGAUUGUAAACAUAUUUGCACUCUUUGAAUUUUCGGAACAUGGGUCCCAGCGGUAUGAUGAUGGUCAGUGGGCUGGAGAUAUGACUAGAGAGGGACGCGAUGGGCCAAGGGGACGACAAGGAUCGUAUCGUGAUCAACGUCGGAGGAAUCAAGCACCAGACUUACCGCAGCACCCUGCGCACCCUGCCCGGCACUCGGCUUUCCUGGCUGGCGGAGCCCGACGCGCCUAACAACUUCGAUUAUGAUGCGAACAUCGGAGAGUUUUUCUUCGACCGUCACCCGGGCGUUUUCGCCCACAUCCUUAACUAUUACCGCACGGGCAAGCUGCAUUGCCCGGCGGACGUGUGCGGACCCUUGUAUGAGGAGGAGCUGGCGUUUUGGGGGAUCGACGAGACGGACGUGGAACCGUGUUGUUGGAUGACCUACCGGCAGCAUCGAGAGGCGGAGGAGGCUUUGGACAGCUUCGCCGGGGGGGCUCUCGACCUCAGCCAUGAAGACCCCGAGCCUGAGGGGGUCGUUGAGGCAGCCGAGGGGGAUGAGGGUGUUGAGAUGACCCGGAGACUGGCUCAAGGCGACUCGCCCGAUAACAGAUCCGGACGCUGGAGCAGGUGGCAGAAGAAGACGUGGGCGCUCUUUGAGGACCCGUAUUCCUCAAAAUACGCACGGUGGAUAGCAUUUGCAUCUUUGUUCUUCAUUUUGGUAUCCAUUACCACAUUCUGUUUGGAGACUCAUGAGGCCUUCAAUCCCAUCAUCAACCGUACAGAACUCUAUACGGACGGCAAUGAAACUCGGGAACGUUUGGUCCAGGAGACGGAGACCAUGGUGCAGUUAACCUACGUUGAGGGUGUCUGCGUUGUGUGGUUCACUUUUGAGUUUCUGAUCCGAGUGACUACCUGUCCAAACAAAUUAAAGUUUGUCAGAAACACCCUCAACAUCAUCGACUUUGUGGCCAUCCUCCCCUUCUACCUGGAGGUGGGACUGAGCGGACUCUCUUCCAAAGCAGCGAAAGACGUGUUGGGUUUCCUCCGUGUGGUACGAUUUGUUCGAAUUCUCCGUAUCUUCAAGUUGACACGACACUUUGUGGGUUUGCGGGUACUAGGGCACACACUCCGUGCCAGUACCAAUGAGUUUAUCCUCCUCAUCAUUUUCCUUGCACUCGGAGUCUUAAUCUUUGCCACUAUGAUCUACUAUGCCGAACGUAUCGGAAGAAACCCCAAUGAUCCCGAUGCUAGUAGCGACACGCACUUCAAGAACAUACCCAUCGGCUUCUGGUGGGCUGUGGUAACAAUGACAACCCUCGGCUAUGGCGAUAUGUACCCUCAGACGACGUCUGGUAUGCUGGUGGGCGCGCUAUGUGCCCUUGCAGGUGUGCUGACGAUUGCCAUGCCUGUCCCUGUAAUCGUGAAUAACUUCGGCAUGUACUACUCCUUAGCCAUGGCGAAACAAAAACUACCAAAGAAAAAAAAUAAGCAUAUCCCACGAGCACCUCAACUGGGGUCUCCCAACUACUGCAAGUCAGCCAUUAACUCCCCGCGACCCAGCACGCACAGCGACACAUGCCCCCUGGCACAGGAAGAGGUUUCUGAGAUCAGAUACCAAGAUUUUAAAGUGAAUGGGGAGCCAUCGAAAGCUGCCCUGGCCAAUGAGGAUUGUCCUCACAUCGACCAGGCGGUGUCGCCCGAGGAAGUCUUCAGCCCCGUGGACCGCGAGAGACCCUGCUUCCUGCUCACUUCCGGAGGAGACCGAGCCAAUCACAUGGGGGGGAGAGUCAGGAAGGAGACCCAGCGCGCCAACCGAAGCAGACAACCAACCGAGUCAGUGUGUGUAAUGAACCAUGGUGUACCAACCACUAUGUGUGUCAACCAUAAAGCCACAUCCCCCACCUGAUAGUACCGUAUUUAGCGUUUGUGUGUGAGAGAGAGAGCGCGUGCAGUGUGUUUGAUGUAGAUUAGCACUUCUCUUUGAGUUGUGACUGAUAAUUAAUUCAGCGUAGAUGUAGCACAGUAACCAAGAGAAGCUGUAGUUGUUCAGCCGUAUGUAGCGCUGUUUCGUUUGUGGUUUAUUGUGCUAUCGUGCUGUGCGAAAUGCCUGUUGUUUUUCCGUUCGUGAGUGUCAGUGUUGUAAAUGGUGCUGGUGUUGUGUAAAUCUUUCUUUUAUCUCGUUGAAGUGUUUGUUUUUGGUUGUUUAAAUGUUGUAAAAAUGUCGCUAAUCACAUUUCAGUGGGAAAAAAGAAACAAAAACAUGUGCUCAGUGAUCAUGUGUGAGUAGGGAGAAAAAAAAUAGCAAUUGUUUUCCCGUAUUUUGUACUACUGUAGUUACCAUGUAGAAAUGCCUUUUGCACUGUUUGCACCGUUCACUUUUACAUUCCUUUCUGUAGAACAAAUGACAGUUUGAUAUAUUUUGUAGCUCACAUGUUUGGCUGGUAACUUUCGAGAUGCACCGUGUCUUAAUCAGGUGCGACGUGACAUACUGUAAUAUGCUGGGAAGCUCCGCCCACAAAGGAAUGUCAUUGGCCCAAAGUUUCACAUAUCUUAAAGGGAAAGGUCACCCCAAAAUGAAAAUUUUAUCAUUUACUCGCCAUCUAAUUGUUCCAAACCUGUAUGAGUUUCUUUCUUCUGUUGAACACAAAAGAAAAUAUUUCAAAUAAUGUUGGUAGUCAAACAGAUGACGGUAACCAUUGUACGGAGAAUAGUAGCCUAAAUCGUGCACACGAUUUAUUAAUUCGUUCCCUCGAUUUACUAAAACGUGCACACGAUUUACUAUUUCGUUCCCUCAAUUUAUAAUGAUUUAGUAAAUCUAGCUAACGAAUUAGUAAAUCGUGCGCACGAUUUAGAAAAUCGAGGGAACAAAUUAGUAAAUCGUGCGCACGAUUAAAUUUUUUUUCUUGCAUGUCAUGUGCGGGGCUCCGUACCGUUGACUUCCAUAGUAGAAAAAAAAAAUACUAUGGAAGUCAAUGGCUACCGUCAACUGACAUUCUUCAAAACAUCUUCUUUUGUGUUCAACAGAAGAAAGAAACUCAUAUAGGUUUGGAACAACUUGAUGAGUAAAAGAUGACAGAAUUUUCCAUUUUGGGUGAACUAUCCUUUUAAAUAUUUAUAUUUGGUGUUUAACAUACAUUGUCUGUGGUUGUGAUUGCGUAGCAUUUUCACUUUGAGAGUAAAAAGACGAUGCCGUGUCACGCCUGGUUAGAAUGCGGUGUUGGAUUUGACGGUAAAAUACCAAGGCUUGUCAGCACAUCAUUGGGACCAAACUCAAUUUUUGAAGGAAUGACAACACCAACAUUGGGUUUGAUAAAAAAUUGUUUAAUAAGUGCUUAGUUUGCAUUUGAAAAUUCAAUGUGAAUAUACAAGCUAUUUUGGAAGCCACAUAUUAUGGCGGUUUUCAUAAAAACCAUCACAAGAGACAAUCCUGCACUGUAAAACAACACUACUCUUUAUAGAGAACAAGAACAUACAGGGUUUAUGAUGGAAUAUAUGAAAGGAACCGAUACUGUGUGUUAAGUUUGUUUCGACGUUUAUUUUUCAUUGUUGUGAAAAUGUGAAGUAUACCCAGUUCUUUGGGACCAAACUAGCGCACUGCCAGUUGCAUCACGGGAAUGCCAACAUUGGGUCGCUUCCUUACAAUAUGCUGGACCCAACCACAUCAGAGCACAAACAUCAGCGAAUAAUAAAUAUAUAUAUAUACACACAUGAAUAAAACUCCAGAGGUGUACAGUCUUUGAGACUGAAUAGUUUUUGGACACAGUGAACAUCGAACUUCCUGGCAAAAGGUGGCAAUGUUUGUGCUGUUUUGUGAGACAUUCCUUGUGUUUUUCAGCAUAUUGCAGUGCAUAGUAUGGAUAGUUAUUUAAAACCAGGUGGUGUUUUCAUUGAUGGUUUGAGUUGACAUAUUGUUAAGGCAAUUUUGUGUCUUUUUCUGAAGAGAGAAAAAAAGCAAUGAAAAAAAAGAAAUAAAUAAUGGUAAUAAAAAGCACUAAAACAGA